GCAAAAAGGAAACUCUUGGUGUUGGUAAAGCAGUCUGAGAUGAACGGAUGUGCAGAGAAGCCUGCAAUAUUUCAUUAAAGAUGAAAUGAUUUUAAACGAGUGAAAAAAAGCAGGGGGGAGGGCAAAGAGACUCCUUACAUAAAAUGUACCUGUGGCGCUGCUCAAUCGCUGCAACUCUAGGGCUAAUAUGGUAUUUCUCUGACUCGGUUCGAUUUAUUAUCCAAUUAGUUGUGUGCCUUGUGUGUUUACUGAUACCGACGCAUGACUUCAGAAAAAAUGCGCACGAAACCAGCACUCAAACGGAUGAAUUACCGGCCGAAACGCCAUGUCAGGAGGUCACUGAAGAAUAUUUUCACUGUUUUGAUGAACUCGACACCAUCAACGUCAAACAGGAAUUGUCACAGGAAGCGCAUUAUCCCAACGUGAAAAGGUCUCUUCAGCAGGUGUUUGAGUGUGCAUACUCCCAGCUCAUCCUGAACUGGUACAAUGUUCCCGAGCCCAAAGACAGCCAGCCACUGCAUGGGGCCCUGGCUAGGGAGUUUGACCUGCUUGUUGAACGGGUCAUAGAGAGAACCAGAGACUUCAACGUCUGCGCUGCAGGAGUGAGCUGCGUCCGAAUCCUCACCCAGCACCUACGCAACGCCAAGCAGUCUGACAAAGGGCAGUUGUUCAGCUCCAGGGCAGAAGAGAUGGCAGUCCUCAGGGUGUAUUCUGAAGUCUUGGUGCGAAACCUCUUCCCUGAUUCCUUGGUGAGCCUGGACCUCACCCGCUGUGCCCUCAAUGAGAUUGUGGCUCUCAAAGCAUUGGAGCUGUUGGUGAACUGGCUCUCUGACCCAGACAACUUGAACCAGCUGGUGGUGAGCCAGCUGGAUUCAAUGACCCUACAAAGCCUGCAAAGCUUGCAAAGCUCCAUGGAUGAACUGCGGGAGCUCAAGCGAGAGGCCACACCCUCCUCACUUGAGAGUGAGGACAUACCGCUGUGAGUGGCAUGACACCUAUGUGCGCAGCAACGUCACUUUGACACCCCCAGUUCAUAAAUGAAUGCCAGUUUC